AUGAAAGCUAUGCAUGCAUUUCUGUUGAUAUGCAUUGUUUUAACCUGCGGUGCUCAGGUGAAGGCGUUUGAUCCGACAGUCAUCUUUGAGCAAAAAUGUGAUUUUGACUGGAUAUCCUUCAGAGCUGCAGGUCUGCAGGGUGACCUGAAAAGCAAACUGUUCGGACAGCACGUUGCGUUACCAAUCAUCCUGAAAGCUGUGAAUGGAUUCAUGAGCAAUGACAACUCAGAGAAGCCCCUGGUGCUCUCUCUGCACGGACCGACCGGCACAGGAAAGAAUUUUGUCAGUAAUAUGAUAGCUGACAAUAUUUACAAGGAGGGAAUUAACAGCAGAUUUGUCCAUGUUUUCAUAUCUACGCUUCACUUCCCACAUGUGCAUCAAAUUGAUACCUACAAGUCUCAGUUACAGCAGUGGAUCAAAGGUAAUGUCACCAACUGUGGACGCUCCAUGUUCAUUUUUGAUGAGGUGGACAAGAUGCAUCCCGGUGUGAUUGACAGCAUUAAGCCGUACUUGGACUACUACAACAAAGUGGAUGGAGUUUCUUAUCGGAAAGCCAUCUUCAUCUUCCUCAGCAAUGCUGACGAGGAGGGCAUCAAACAGACGGCUUUAGAUUUCUGGAAAAAAGGACAAGACCGAAGUGAGAUCAGACUCAAAGAUAUGGAAACACUGCUCUCUACAACAGCAUUUAAGAGCAAGAAGAGUGACAUAUGGAUUUCAAGCUUAAUUGAGCAGAACAUGGUGGAUUUCUUCGUCCCGUUUCUACCUCUGGAGUACACACAUGUUGUUCAGUGUGUCAUGGCUCAGAUGAAGACCAAAGGACUGGAGCCAGACCCGGAGGUGGCACACAAGGUGGCCAGUGAUUUGGACUAUUUCCCCAAAUUUGAGAGAGUGUUCUCUGUCAGUGGCUGUAAGACAAUAACGAGUAGGCUGCACUUCUACAUACAUUACUAA